AAUGCUCUUGAGCUUGAAUUGUUUAAUAUUGAGAUUAAGUAACCCGGCAGGGUUUUAAAGUCAACUUAGGUGGAUGAGUGGUGGUUCUCCUGAGAGAUCAAAUCUUCAGCCACGUUUGAUUAAAUUAGGUUAAAUAGUUGAUGUGGCCUGGUCACCAAUACAAAAAGUUUGCUUUUGCACAACUUCGGAUUGAAUACGAGCUCAAACUCUUUUUUGAGGGAAACAGAUGAGUGCAUGACAAUGUUGGGAUUUACAUUAUGAGACCUUUGCCAGUAGCAAAAUAUAGUAAUAGGUGUUUUAUCUGGCACCAACAUGAUCCCUUGUAUAAAGGUGUCAGUUUUGGUGCCAGAUAAAAGGGUAUAACCUAUUAAUAUAAAUUUUGGGAUUCUACCAGGCUUAUUUUCUGUGGAGGGGCAGUGAUGUGCUGCUUUGGCAUUGGUUCUUGUUAAUGGCACAAUUUUUAUCAUGGGUGGGAGACAGAAUCGAUAUAAAUAUUUAUACUGGAAAAAUAUGGUGAAUUUACAACUACAAAAAAACCAAUAGUCCAAAAUGCGUUCAUAAAUGGCUGCUUUCUCAACAUUACAUGCAAGCUUGAGCAAGGCAGCAACCAGCCAAUUUCUAAUAGUGUUGGAGAGAUUUUGGAAAAGCUUACUGGAACUGUAUUACAUCUGCAAUGUGGUACAUGGAUGAAUAUUGUUUUUUGGGUAACAUCUGCGAGGCUGUGAAAGACCAAAGUGUGAGAACCCUUUGCCGCAAUCAACUUAAGAUCAAGAUAAGUUUAGAACAAUAUACUGGAGGAGUCUAGGAUGGGUGGGUAAGAACGUUACAACAACAAUACACGAUAGGCGUGCUAAUUACAAGAAAGGUAAACGCCCAAACGCAAAACAAUCCCCAUUCUACCAGGCAAAGCCCACAGAGAUUAACUUAUUUGUCAAGCAGCUUGGCCACAUGAUAGCUCAACGAAGUGUAAUUUAUAGCAGCAAAAUCAUCUCAAUGCUUGUUUCUAAAUGUGGAUGGAAAAACUGGAGGACCCGGAGAAAACAUCCACGCGACUACGGGGAGAACAUGCAAACUCAAAAUAUACAACAGGCGUCGGGAUCUAACCCCAGAACCUCCUGCAUACGAGGCGAGGAAGAUAACGUCACACCACCGUGGUUCAGAGGCCGAUUGCAUGAAAGGCUUUUAUUGAAAACCAUCUGAACCUGUCGCAUAAUGAAAGAAAAAACCCGUGGAGGAAUUUAAAACUCCGUAUGAUGAAGCAGAUCACAAUUCGAGACGGACACCGUCGCAAUAUCCACUUCGUGGAAAGGUAUAAAACUGAAAUAGUCUCAGUCCCCAGUGAUUUAAAAGCAACGCCCUAAAAUCAAGCCAAUCUCUGCUCUGAAACGGCCCCACCACGACAUAAAACCUACAAAAAGCCUUUGGGCAGAUCAUCGCCUAUCUCAGAAAGCCGCCGUGCCAGAACGCGGCCAGCAGAUGUCAGAAUUGGGUUCAAAACGCGACCCGAAAAACAAACCCACGACCACCUUGGGGGUGACGGACGUCGCGAAUCUCCGCGUCCGGGUGGCGCCCCCGUGUGGCGGCGGCGACAAAACCCAAACGAAUCCCACGGGCCCACGGCACGAACGGGGGGGGGGAGGUUUCGUUCGCCGUUUGACCUCCAGCCGACGACUGCUUUCACCGACUGCCGCCCAAUGUUGAGCAGGGUCAGGCCCAGGGUCCGCGUUGGAGUUGGGGGUUGGAUCCCAGCAUGGCAGAGCCCCAGGCGCGAGCUUGUGGCCGCGACGGAGAGGGCAGGAGCGCGCGGAGGAGGAUGUUGCUCAGCACCGUCUAUCUCGUCGUCGGCGGAGGCAUCGCCAUCCUCCAAGGAGGUGCGAGAGACGUUCGUCCGCUUCUUCGGGGAGAAGCACGGACACGCGUUCGUGCCGUCCUCGAACGUGAAGCCGCGGGCCGACCCGAGCCUCCUGUUCGUCAACGCCGGCAUGAACCAGUUCAAGCCGCUGCUGCUGGGCAGCGUGGACCCGCGGAGCGAGCUGGCGCGCUGCACCCGCGCCGUCAACAGCCAGAAGUGCGUGCGUGCCGGCGGCAAGCACAACGACCUGGAGGACGUUGGGCGAGACGUCUACCACCACACUUUCUUCGAGAUGCUGGGAAACUGGUCCUUCGGAGACUAUUUCAAGAAAGAGGUAUGCCAGAUGGCUUGGGAGCUGCUGACGGAGGUCUAUAGAAUCCCCAAGGAGCGUCUGUACGUGUCAUAUUUCGGAGGAAGCCAGGCCCUGGGGCUCAAAGCGGACGAGGAGUGCCGGGAGAUUUGGCUGCAGCUCGGCGUGCCCGCGCCUCACGUGCUGCCCUUUGGGGAGAAGGAGAACCUAUGGGAGAUGGGCGAGGUGGGCCCAUGCGGCCCGUGCUCCGAGAUCCACUACGACCACGUGGGCGGGCGGGACGCGAGCGGCCUCGUCAACGCCGGGCACCCGGACGUGGUGGAGAUCUGGAACCUGGUGUUUAUGCAGUACAACAGGGAGGAGAACGGAAGUCUCCGCCUCCUGCCGCGCCACAACGUGGACUGCGGGAUGGGCCUCGAGCGCCUGCUGGCCGUGCUGCAGGGCAAGCGGUCCAACUACGACACCGACCUCUUCACGCCCAUCAUGAGCGCCAUCCACAAGGGCACAGGCGCGCGCGAGUACCGCGGCCUGGUGGGCGAGGCCGACGAGGGCCACGUGGACACGGCGUACCGCGUGCUCGCCGACCACGUGCGCACCCUGGCCGUGUGCAUUGCUGACGGCGUCUACCCCGGCAUGACCGGCGCCGAGCUGGUUCUGCGACAAAUCCUACGUCGCGCGACGAGAUUUGCCGUCGAGACGCUGCGGGCCCAGCCAGGGUUGCUGGCCAGCCUGGUGCCCACGGUGGUCGACAUCCUGGGCGACACUUACCCCGAGUUGAACAGAGAGGCUCAGGUGGUGAUGGACGUGAUCAAUGAGAACGAGGCGGCGUUCCUGACCUCGCUCUCCCGGGGCCGACGCCUAUUGGAGCGAACCGUCGCCAAGAUGGGCACAGCGACCGCCUCCUUCCCGGUGGACGUGGCAUGGUCGCUGCACCGCGGCCUCGGCUUCCCCUUCGACCUCAUCCACCUCAUGCUGGACGAGCGGGGCCUCUCGCUCGACACGGUCGCCUUCAACGAGCUGGAGCGGGCGGAGCUGAGGAGAGCGCAGCAGCAGGAGGGUGAGAAGGGAGAGGCCCCCGGGCGAGAGUCUCUCCUGCUGGACGUGCACGCACUGGACGAGCUACGCAGCAGAGGUGUUCCCGCCACCGACGAUGCCGCCAAGUACGCGUACGAGCUGCGCCCCAACGGCCGAUAUGAGUUUGCCCGGUGCUUGGCGCGGGUCGUGGCCGUGUGGCGCCGGCCGGGUCUGAGCGACGUCGUGGGGGCCGGAGAACGCUGCAGCCUCGUGCUCGACGCGACCUGCUUCUACAGCGAGCAGGGUGGCCAGGACGGCGACACCGGCGUCGUGCUCGCGGUCGACGCCGCCGGGCAGCAGGACAUCGUGGCCAUGGUAGAGGACGUGCAGGUGUGCGGGGGGUUCGUGCUGCACCACGUCGUCACACGCGACACCGUCCGCGUCGGGGACCGGCUGCUCCUCGCCAUCAACGAGGAGCGCCGCCUGGGCUGCAUGAUCAAGCACACGGCCACGCACCUCCUCAGCCAGGCCCUGCGCGACGUCCUGGGCGACGCGACGCGGCAGAGGGGCUCCCACGUGGCGGCCGGCCGCCUCCGCUUCGACUUCUCCACCAGGGCGCCCGUGUCGGUGGAUCAGCUCCGCUCCGUGGAGGCGGCCGUGUGCCGCCUCGUGUCGGCCGACGAGAGGGUGUUCGUGACGGAGGCCCCGCUCGCCUCGGCCCGCCGCAUUCCCCACCUGCGCUGCGUGGACGAGGACUACCCGGAGGACGUGCGCGUGGUGUCAGUGGGGACUCCCGCCGAGCAGCUGCUUCUACAGCAGCAGCAGCAGCACACGGAACGCGCUGGCUCAGUGGAACUCUGCUGUGGCACUCACCUACAGCGGACGGGUCUCAUCGAGGAUUUCGUGAUUGUGUCUGAGCGAGCAAUGGUCAAGGGGCUGAGCCGCGUCGUAGCCGUCACGGACCGGGAGGCUCGCGAGGCUCGCCGGACGGGUGAGGCGCUGGCGCAGCAGACAAACUCGCUGGGCGCGCGUGUGGCCCACGGUGCGGCCUCGCUCCCUCAUCUGCUGGGCCUCUCCAAGGAAGUGGGCCAACUCACCGACGUUGUGGACAGAGCGGUGAUGCCUCAGUGGCAGCGGAAGGAGCUGCAGCAAAUGCUCAAGACCAUGCAACGCAAGGCCAACACAGCGGUCCGCAAGCUCAGGACCUCUCUGGCCGAGAAAGCCGCCGAGACCCUGGCGGAGAAACACGCGAACGAGACGCUCAUUGUGGACGUGAUGGAGGCGGAAAACCUGUCGGUGCUAGUGAGGACGGUGAACGAACUGAGCAGGGCGGUGCCCGACGCCCGCGUCCUGCUGAUGAGCAUUCAGCCCGGUGGGCAGCUCCUGUGCGCCUGUCAGGUGCCAAAGGAGAUGGUCGAUGCAUUCCCAGCACUGGACUGGGCCCAGGCCGUGUGUGGUCCGAUGGGAGGGAAGGCGAUCGGCUCCCAGUUCCUGGCCAAGGUCUCGACCACAAUUGGGGACCAUGGAAACAGCACUGCCGCGAUCAUAGAUGCAGCUCUCCGGCGUGCGAGGACGGAAUCGUGAUGACCGGCAAUUUUACCACAAACUUCCUCUCUCUGCUGCUCAAACUUCAGUCCAGACCCCCACAUCUGGCCCAGCUUUACAAGUCUGAUGAUCUUGAUAAUGCGUCUGCUGGUUUGUGGGGUUUGAAAAUCGGAUGAGGCGUUUGACAUUUGCAGGCUUGAAAAUAAGUACUGUGACUGAUCAACAGAAAACCACUUGGCCAUGAGGACUUGGCUGUUUGGAAGAAACGUCAAUGCGUCUGUAUGUGUACGGGUUUUCUUUGGGAGAAAAUCUCACCCAGGUCACCACAACGGAGCAGAUAAUCUUACAUACACCACAGCAAGAGACAACCAAUGUGCGGCAUCACACAUCCCGUUUAAAUCGGCCCCAUGAACCACGCAUACCGGGGCCCAUGAGACGCUUCCCCAUGCACUGGCUUCCACAAACAAUCUCCCGGGUCGGAGCCGACAUCGCGUGUGCGGGCUCCCCAGUCACCGGGGUCCAUGAAGUGUGCAUUGGUGACCGUGCAUCUCCUCUGAAAAAGCAUCAGUGUACCCCGCCGAGCAUAAAUCAAAGAACAUGUCCUUGUGGUUUUUUUUUUGUCAAAACAUGGUUUAUUAAAAACGGCUCGCUGAAUAGACACGUAACGUGCUUCACCUUUGCCUUAUAAAGCUUUUCAUACAGGUAACAUUUUCAAGGGGGCUGCUCGUCAACAAUGGUCAUGUGAAUUGAAAAACGAUUGUCACAUGCCGCAAAAAGGUUAAUUGUUUUUAUAUUACAAAAGGCAGAGUAUUACUCUAUAGUCCCUUUCGUUUAAGGCUUUGUUGUUCUCAGCAAAAAUAUAAAUACUGAGGACCAAUUACAGACUGGAAUGAUUCAACCCUGUAGAAAUGUGAAUAAGGGGUAGCAUAAGGGGUAGCAACUCAAGGCUUGAAUCAAAUGUUUCUUUCUCCCCAUAUGAGCGUGAAUUUCUUUAUGAACAUUUGUUAAACAUAUUUAUUAAACUGACAGCAAUGGACACUAUAGACUACUAAUCACCCUUGAAAUUGGGUGCAAGUAACAGUGGUGACUUUGAAAGUAUGCUGCACAUCUACCGACAGUAUACCCCAGUAUCCUUCCCCGCCAUCUCAUCUACACUCAGCUGAGUACAGCCUUGACACAUCUGCUAGCCGUUUGUCUAAAUUGUAUCUGCUUGCACUGUAUUUGUCUUCUACACUGGACUCUCCCUUGACCGCCCUAUUUUUUGCCUUUUGUUUGCACUUUUUGUCUGGCCUCGUCCAUCUCCCUCACCUGUCUGCUCUGGCAUUAACACAAAAUUAAGAUUGGACGCAACUUUCCAUUAAAUGCAGAAGCAACAUUUGAUUAAGGAAAA